GAGAUAAGAAUGUGUACACGGGUUUAUGUGAACUUGUAACUCAGAUGAAACAAAGCACAUGGCAAAGAUCGGAUAUUGAUUUUGAGAGAGACGUGCGUGAUCUCAGAAAACUAGAUAUACGAGAGAAGAAUAUACUGUUUAUGAUGUGUAGUUUUUUUCUCACAAUUGAUAGUGUUGUUAUUGAUUCAUUGAAUAACUCACUUCUAAAAGAUCUUAAGAUUCUAUCCGUUCAUAACAGUCAAUUUAAGAAAGCGCUUGAAUUUUAUUCAGAACAGAAUCAACAGGAAGAGGUUCAUGAUGAAUUCUACAAGGAUAUGGGUAAAGCAUUCUUUAGCGAGAGUUAUGGAAUUCUUUUAAAUUGUCAUGAGAAUUUUUAUGAGUUCAAAAAAGUAUUUGAUUACUGUGAGAGAUAUCAAGAUCGAAGUUUACCACUUGGUGAAAGGUUGCUCGUCUAUGCAUUCAUUGAGUGUAUAGUAUUUUUCCCAUUCUUUGCAUGGAUAACCCGAUAUCGAUAUAUGGGACACAUUCCCGCAACCGUCGAGGGUAAUAAUUGGGUUCGAGUAGAAGAAGGAAUGCAUGUUAGCAGGCAUUCCUAUGUUUAUAAGAUCAUCGGAGGAGUUAGUAAACCACGAGCCGAAGAAAUAUGCUCCGAACUUGUUGACUGUGUUAAAAAUAUGUGGGAAACAAGAAUUCUUAGCGAUG